GAUCUCGAGCGAUAAUGAUCAACAAUUUGGAUCUAGCCUUUAAACUUUGAAUCAGAUUGCUGAUCGAAAAAUUGAACAAGGAAAAAGGCUUCACAUAUUAAAGAACGGUUGAGGAAGAAAGAAACAACAGAUCGUGAUUUAUUCGGACUGAGUGUGAGGUCGGUAUGUGAUAUGGUGACAACCCUUAAGGGGUUGUCAGAUUGACAAUCAAGGGUACUUUAGGUAUGAAAAAAAACAAUUUUAUAAAUUAUUUAUUUUGUAGUAAUUACAUAUUGAGAAUUAAAAAUUCAUAUUUAAUACAUGCUUUUUAAAAAAAAAAUUAAACCCUACAAUUAAUAUACAAUUUUAUUAAAUACCUGCUUUGUAUUUUAUAAAUUAUUUAUUUUGUAUUAAUUACAUAUUGAGAAUUGAAAAUUCAUAUUAAAUACAUUCUUUUAAAAAAAUAAACCUACAAUUAAUAUACUGUAUUUUUCUCUAUAUCUUUUUUUUCAGCAGCCUCUCCGCUCUGAUCGUCAAACUUUCUGCGACCAGCAGACUUUUUUCGGUGAAAUCCUUCGAUCAGACUCACUUCGUGCACCUGCAAAAAAGUACCACUUCGUCAGUGCUAGUGGUAGUGAUUUUCGACUAGUGGUAUGCUACCAUUGGUAUUGGUACGAUAAUCAACAGUAGUGGUACGCUACCAGGGCUAGUGGCACGCUAGUGCCAUUGGUAGCGGUACAAUUACCACUGGUACAGUACCAUUACCACUGGUAGCGGUACCAGUACCAGUGCCACUAGUAGCGUACCACUACCACUGGUAGCGUAUCAUUAGAGACUAACGCAAAAAAAAAAAAAGACAGAUCUGAAAUAUGAAAAAUCACAGAUCUGGAAAAAAAAAUCAGGGAUGAGGGAAGGGGGAGGCAGGGGAGAGGCGGUGACCUCGUGGCGACGGCGGUGGUGGGAGACGGAGGGCGGCGGUAGGGUUGCGAUGGGGAGAGGGUGAUGGUGCGGCGGUGGUGGGAGGAGGAGGCCGCAAUUGCUGCGGUGUGAGGGUUGUGGAGGUGGUGGUAGGAGGCGGAGGGCGCGACGACGGGAGGGCUGCGGCGGUGGUGGUGGCAGCCGGCAGAGAGAGGGAAGAGAUGGGAGGAAGAAGAAGAAAAUAGGAAGAAGAAAGUGUGAUGGCGUGUGUGAGAGAGAGAGAGAGAGAGAGAGAAUGUAGGUUUUUGGGUAUUAAUAGGGAUAAUAAUCUAGUGUGGUCAACUUUUUUUCUUUCAAAAAUACCCUUAAUCCCAUCUGUACAUUGAUUUGAAAAGAAAAAAAAAAGACAAGAGAGUCAGGGCGGAGCUACUCAGAGAGUAGGGUGGGCCCCUGCCCACCCGAGAAUAGUCUCGACCCCUAGGACCAUAAGAAUAUUUAGAUAAAAUUUGGAUAAGUAGUGCUGGACCUAGGCCUAUUAGACGGUGCAGUUUCGGUUUAACCGAACCGCACCAUCGGUUAGCCGAGAUCGCAGAUACCCCAUCAUCGCCAACCGAAGCCGAGACCGACAAGACCAUCGGUGAACGGCUAACCGCAGACGGCGGUAUCGGUUUGGAGAUGCGGUUAGCCGAGACCGCAAGUCCCCUCUCCAUUUUCGAUCUCUCCAGCUCUCUCUCUCUCUCACUCCUAUCGGAUGCAAUCGAUCCCAUCGACCACAUACGACUCCCUUCCAAUCCUCUCCACUUUGAUUUUUUCCAAUUGACUCCUCCGCUCUUUUUCAGCCGACAAUUUUUGAAUAUGCCAGAUUCUGCCAGAACUAGAACAUGCAUGGAGGUGUUGUUGGAUUUUUUGAUCGGAGCCAGAGGAAUAAGGGAAAGAGUUGUUAGAGGCAGAGGUGGCGGGCCUGGAUCUGAACCCGCCGCGGAGGAGCUACUUCGCCAGAGGCUUCCGCUUCGACACCCUCUGCUUCUCUUUCUCCAAGCAAAGUCGUGGCUAGAUCUCGCCAAGGUCGGGAUUGGGGAAAUAGGGUCGACGACGCUUAUCAGGUUGGGGUGCUAGGUUAGAAGGAUGAGAACCGAGAAGAAGAUGGUGUUCUUCCAUCUCUAGAUCGGCAAAAAUUGAGAUAAGGAGGUUGAAUUGGGAUUUAGCUAUUUAGGAAUUAGGGAUUUAUGAGGGCAACAGUGGAGAAAGGUGGGAAUUUUGAAAGGAAGGAAGAGGAGAGAGGCGGGAGGAGAGGGAGUGAUUCGCAUGGCCGGCAUAUUGGUCUUCCACUCUUCCUCUUCUUCAUCAUUCUCAUCGGCGUGCCCAGUGGAGAGGUCCGGCGGUUAGCAACGGUGCACCGAGUUUUUCUCGGUUAGAAACCGGCAACCGUCGGUUACAGAUAUUCCCCGAACAAUGGUAACCGACGCCGACACCGAACCUAUUAUAGUCGGAUUUCGGUUAUCCGAUAAAUCGACAUUUCGGUUCGGUUGUUGGUUAAACCGAAUAACCAAAACCAGAUUAUCACCCAUAGCUGGACCUAUACAUUGUAUCAUAUAUCAAUCAUUUAGUCUACUGGUAGCUAAGCUGAACUUUUAGUCUAAAGCAAAUAGGUUGGAUCCACAACAACCACAUUUUUGCUUUAACUUCUUUUUGGACUUUAUUAUCUUAAUUCUCCUCCACACGGUCCUGGACCAAAGCAAACGGAUACCCACUCCUUUUCAUUCUUUUUGUUACUUUAAUCCAGCUACAAAUGAAAAAAUCAACCUCUAUUUAGUUCAUUUGAGAUUUUUAGCUCUUUAUAUAAACUAUAUGAUCUAUUUUUUUGGGUUUAUAUUUUCGUAUGGCCUGAACUUUGACCAAAAUAAACAUCCUGGCCAAUCUUUUCGAUCUAUAACAUCCUAGCCCGAACUAUACACCAAAAUAAACAAUUUGGCCAAACCCGAUGUUUGACCGUUAACUUGGACGGUCAAAUGCGUUGACUAACGGUCAACGCGCCACGUCACUGCCAAGUCAGAAGAUCUGAUAAAUAUUUAAUUUUUUCAUUUUUUAUUUUUGGUUUAACUAAGGUAUUAGAUGAUUUUUUUAAUUUAUAAUAAUUUAAAAUUAGGGAAUGUGUGGAAAUUGUGAAUUAUUUUAAAUAUUUUAUGCUGACUUGGCAGUGACAUGGAGCGUUGACUAACGGUCAACGCGUUUGACCGUCCAAGUUAACGGUUAAAAGUCAGAUCUGGCCAAAUUGUUUAUUUUGGUGUAUAGUUCGGGCCAGGAUGUUAGAUCGAAAAGAUUGGACAGGAUGUUUAUUUAUACGAAAAUAUUAACCCAUUUUUUUUAUCUAUGUCCGAAUGAACAGAAGAUUAGUGUCAAAGUAAUUUUAUUUUGUUGAUAGGUUGAUUUGUCUUCUUCUAACUCUUCCACACUUCUAAAGCUACAUGUAAUCGUGCAUGUUUUCAGGUAUAAAGAUAGUGAAAAAUAGAUUGCGAAACAAAAUAAAUGAUGAGUUUCCUGAUGAAAGAAAGAUAGCUAAAAAUGUUAGUUCAGAUGCUAUUUUGAGAGAUUUCAAUGAUCUCAAAGAAGGUUGUAGAAUUUAAAAAUAAUUAUUUUAUUUUUAUUUACGUUUAUCUAUUUUCGGCCCACCCGGUUUCGAAAUCCUGGCUCCGCCCCUGAAGAGAGUGAAUGGAUCCUAUGGUUAUAAAAUGGGUUGUCAAUCUUACAACUUCUAAUGGGGUUGUCACGGUAUCUCAUUCAUGUGAGGUUUGUGUUUUGUUAUUAUAAAAAAGAUAAUGUCUCGUGGUCACAAGUGUUUUUUUUUUGGUAAGACGUGGUCACAAGUGUUUAGAGCCUUUAUGAAAUUUCGCAAUUUUACACAACAUUUUAGUUUGGGGUGGUGUUCAAUACUUUUAUUGACACCAAGGUUGUCUAACCGGUUUAUACCGUUGUGCCGGUUUGGCAAAUGUAAUGGUACGACCGGUGGUAUAACCAGUUUGUGCCGGUUCAUGCUGGUUUAAAAAAAUAUGAAAAUAAUUAAUAUCCAAUGUAUUUAAUCAUAUAUAAAACAUAUUUGUGGACAAUUUAGUUACAAUCCAACAAAUAUCAUCAACUUUUAACUAUUAAAUUCAUAAAAUGAAUAAUAAAUUAGAUUUUUUAUUGAUUGAAUUCAUUAAAAUGAUAUCAUUUUGCUUAGAUUCGUAAGUCGAUCAUACCGGUGGUGUAAUGCCGGUUUUAUGACCGGCACAGGUUGAACCAGGUUCAACCGGGUGGCAUGUCACCGGCAUAACAACCAUGAUUGACACCGAGAUCCGAUCCGAUCCUACCAAAAGAGAACAAAAACGUUAACCAAUCGCCAGCAAGAUAAUGCCCCUGGUGAGAUUCGAACUCACGGCUGCUUGCUUAAAAGGCAAAUGCACUGCCACUGUGCUACAGAGGCAACUGACUGUUAAUUUUGCCAAACAUUUUAUUUGAUCAUAAAUAUACGUAUAAUUAAACAAUAACGUAUAUGAUAAUAAAUAUGAUAAUUUUUCCAUCACAAUCUCACUAAUAUGAUAAUAAAUAACAUAUAAUUAAACAAUUUACAUGAAAAUGAGCAUCUUAACCUGAACCGGAUAAAAGAAGAAAAUAACAAGCAAAAUAUAUUCAACUGCAUAUAUGUAUAUUUAAUUUGUUUCUCUUAGAUAGUUUAGGAUCGUUUGAUUCAUGGUUUGGAUGAUAGAUUUGGUAUCCAAAUCCAAUUUAUCAUGGACUUGAAGGAAAUUCAUUUUUUGUUUGUAUUUUAUUUUUAGAGAUCAAAUGUGUGGGGCAUGGAAUUACUUUCAUGUCCCAUUCAAAUGUGUGGAGAUCAUAUGUAGGUGUGAGAUUUGGGACAUGACCCUAAAUUCAAGAUGGUUAUUUACUUUCAUAUCCCAUUCAAAAAUAAAAGGGUAAAUACAAUUUAAUAUCCAAACCUUUCAUUUUAAACAAUAUAAUAGCCAAACCUUUUCGAAAACAAUCUAAUAUCCAAAUCGUCAACUUUCCGUUCGUUUGACCGUUAGUUGACACUUCAAAAAAGCUUUGUUUAGGGGAAAUUGUAACAAUACAACUUUGUUUUCUUGUUUUGGCAUUGCAGAUGACUGAAUAUUUAGAUAUUCUAUACCAUCAUGGUGGAGUCAGAGACUUCUCGGGUCUGGAACUAUGAUAUGUUGGUGGUUUUUCAGAGAAGAUAUCGAUGGAUAUUGAUGAAGUGUCAUACUUCGAACUUUUUUGAAGUGUCAACUAACGGUCAAACAUACAAAAAGUUGACGAUUUGGAUAUGAGAUUGUUUUCGAAAAGGUUUGGCUAUUAUAUUGUUUAAAAUAAAAGGUUUGGAUAUUAAAUUGUAUUUACCCAAAAUAAAAAUGCUUCAAGUUAAGGGCAUUAAGGUAAUUUAUAUUUAAAACUAUAAUAAGUUCAUAACAACAAAAUUUAUGAACAAAUCCAACAAAUAAACAAUGAACUUUCUUAAAUCCAUAUUGAACAAGGUUGUCAACUCGAGGGUCGAUCGGAGCUUGGGACAAAAUAGGGAUGACGGAGGGCGAAUCUGAAGAGCUCGAGGACCUUGAUCCCAUUGAAAUGUGCAGCAAAGAGACAGCAGAGAACAUUCUCUUUCAGGAACGGGAUAGGAAAGAAUUGAUAGAAGGCGUGAUUAGAUCACUCUCUUUAGAGUGUUAUUUGCCCCACUACAAAUUACUGGUAUGCUCGAGCAAACCACCCCCAGGAGUCCCUUCAAUUUCAAGUCUGGAAGCUGCAAUCUUGCAGACUUCUGUAUUUAUGAAAUAGAGAAGGAAAACGAGAAGAAGAAGAAUUCUCUCCUCAUUAAAAGAGUUAUGGCAGUUAUCUAUUUAUAGUUGUGAAAACUGGAAGUUACCUUCCGAAGAGUCACAUCCCUUCAUAGAAAAGGUAGUUACCUUUAUGGAAGGACACUUCUUUUCACAAUAUUCAAACAUUAAUUAAUUAAUAUAAAAUUAAUUAAUUAAAUAAAUUGCCAAAAGACUCCAUCUUUAUAAUUUACUUCUCCCAUCAAUGUCGUAUUACAACUCUAUUGACUAACUCUAACAAUCCCCCACUUAGUCAACAAGAGUUGAGAAUGCCUGCCUCGAACAAAUAGCGCAUACAUAAAGGUAUAUUUUCGAUUUGAACAUUUACCUAGUGUAAGCAACUCAAAGUUGAUAACGAAUCAGUGACGGGCUUAAGCCUAGGAGUCACGAUCCAAAGCUAUAACCGGAGAUGCCACACACGUACUUGUCUCUUCUCUAAACCACAACCACCAACUAGGGUAGCACUAUUAUGGCCAUGUGCUAAUCAUGUUUCAUGAGCAUACACAAAAGUUGACCUCUACUUUUGUUAGAGCGGCACCACUCUAAAUGCUCACAUAGGUGACAUUCCAAAUGAAUUCAUUAAGAGUUC